GAGCCGGCGCACGAUGCGCCCGGCUGCGUUCUGAUCGCCGCCGCGCCGCCGCCUCCGCCGCGAUGAUCCCGCCUGAGCCGCCGCAGCAGCAGCUGCAGCCCCCGCCGCCAGCCCCGCCGAACCAUGUGGUGACCACCAUCGAGAACCUGCCGGCCGAGGGUAGCGGCGGCGGCGGCAGCCUGUCCGCCUCCUCCCGGGCAGGCGUGCGCCAGAGGAUCCGCAAAGUGCUGAACAGGGAGAUGUUAAUCUCUGUGGCUCUGGGCCAGGUGUUAUCUCUCCUUAUAUGUGGAAUUGGCUUGACCAGCAAGUACCUGUCAGAAGAUUUCCAUGCCAAUACACCAGUCUUCCAGAGUUUCCUCAAUUACAUCCUUCUCUUCUUGGUCUAUACCACCACCCUAGCUGUCAGACAAGGAGAAGAAAACCUCCUGGCAAUUUUACGACGAAGGUGGUGGAAGUACAUGAUCCUGGGACUCAUAGACCUGGAAGCAAAUUACCUGGUGGUCAAGGCUUACCAGUACACGACUCUGACUAGUAUCCAGCUCCUGGACUGUUUUGUGAUCCCAGUCGUCAUUUUGCUUUCCUGGUUCUUCCUGCUGAUCCGGUACAAGGCUGUGCAUUUCAUCGGCAUCGUUGUCUGCAUCCUGGGAAUGGGCUGCAUGGCGGGAGCAGAUGUGCUUGUGGGAAGGCAUCAGGGAGCAGGGGAAAAUAAGCUGGUAGGGGACCUUCUGGUCUUAGGAGGAGCCACACUCUACGGUAUCUCUAACGUCUGGGAAGAAUACAUCAUCCGAACCCUGAGCCGAGUGGAAUUCCUGGGAAUGAUUGGACUCUUUGGGGCAUUUUUCAGUGGAAUUCAAUUAGCCAUAAUGGAGCACAAGGAGCUGUUAAAGGUGCCCUGGGAUUGGCAAAUAGGGCUGCUCUACGUUGGCUUUAGUGCCUGCAUGUUUGGUCUCUACAGCUUCAUGCCAGUCGUCAUCAAGAAAACCAGCGCCACUUCGGUCAACCUCUCCCUGCUCACAGCAGAUUUGUACAGCCUGUUCUGUGGAUUGUUUCUUUUCCACUACAAGUUUUCAGGACUCUAUCUCCUGUCUUUCUUCACCAUCCUCAUCGGGCUGGUGCUCUACUCCUCCACCUCCACAUACAUAGCCCAGGACCCCCGCGUAUACAAGCAGUUCCGCAACCCUUCAGGACCUGUUGUGGACUUACCAACCACAGCUCAGGUGGAGCCGUCGGUCACCUACACCAGCCUGGGCCAGGAGACCGAAGAGGAGCCCCACGUUCGCGUGGCCUAGGAUGAGGCCCUCCCUGCCCGCUGAGGACCACUCAGUGGCCAUGUGUUCGCCCAUCAUCUCUGUAUUGUACAUAGAGAAAGGUAUUUAUUAGGUGCGGUUUACACAGGUGGACUGCAAGGUAGCAAACCCGAAAGCCUGUAAAAGGUGCAAGGUAAACAUCACUGGAGACGCAGGCUCUGAUCCACCUGACUUGGAGCAAUGCCUGGCUAGUGUGUAUUCUGAUCACAGCCCCCCUGCAUUAAUUACUGUGAACAUUUUUGAAUCAAAAGCAAGUAUGGUUAUUCUUAUUUGUAUUAUUCUUGUUACUGUUAUUACACUGACUUUCAGGAGGAUGUUUUGUACUCCUGAUGGGAACUAUUGCCAGACACACAUGUAGUUAACAUAAAUCCCACUUUUCUAUGGCAAGUCACUUUUUAAGAAUCAUACUUUAUUUUUUUGCACAGUCUGUAUGAGUGUUGCAUGCCACAGGAGCUCCACCCCCGAGAAGCUUCCUUAUCCUAGGGACCUGGUGGCUAAUGGUUUCCUCUGUUACUUGUUGGAUUGCCUGCUCAAUAAGUAUUUUGUGCUGUGACCCCUGUGGGGAGGGGCAACUGACCAUAUAAUUCUCUAUUCUAGGAAUAGAUAUAAAACAAACAUUUUAGCCUUUUUAUAUUUCAAUCUCUGAACACUCCAGGCCAUUGCCUUUCUGUUUUGCCAUGUGAUUCUGCUAAUCAAGUCCCUGUAAUAACAGGAUAAGGAAUGUUCCAUUUCUGUGGCUUAUGAAAAACCCCAGAAAUAAUCACAUUUGUGUUUAGGGUAAUAUAUAUUUUUUUAAAUCUUUCUGCCCCUCCCUAUAUCCUCUCUUCAAAAAAAUAUAUCUGCUUUUCCUUUUAUCCCUAGAUUUCUUUAGUGAUAAGAUGGAAAUUAAUCAAGGCAUUGGAAAAAGCCAUGGUCCUCUACCCUCUUAAUUGUGUGACACCCUUUUUGAAAUACACCAGCAUGGAAAUUACCUUUAUUAUAGAGCAUCAUUGGUUGUGUGGCCUCCCGAGAAAGUCAGGGUGCUGAUGUAGAGCAGUCUGUGACAGUGGCUCAAUUGAUCUGGCCACUUUGUAGUGAUAAAGAAGUCAGCAAUGAAAAAGUCUGGCAUUUUGGUCAUAUUUGGCAUCCAUUCAAUAGUAGAAUAUAUCAACACAACGUUCUUAUGGAUGCAGAGAAUAUUACAGGGUCCUGAUAAGGCUUUGAGGGAUAUGCCACUAGUCUAAUUUUAUUGCCCUUAAAAUAGCCCUUUUUAUCAAACACAGGACAUCAAGAAACACCAUAGACCUCUAUGAUUUGGAAUAGAUUCUAUGUAUCAGUAUAUGAAAUAGUCUUUAAGGUUGGCUGAUUUCAAUACCAUUCAAAAAGAUCCUCAGUGGAGUUACAGGGUUUGUAAAGGAAAAAAUAAAGGUUUAUGAAACUUUGGGCAAUUCAAAUCAAUACAUCUUAAGGCAGCAAAGUAAAAUACCAAUGGGGUCUCUGUAAAGUUAAAGGGUAGAUUGAAGCUUAGUCAACAUU